AUUCUAAUUACAAAACUAAUUUUUUUUAAUAAAAAAAAUUAAGAUCCGAUAGCGCAGAAUUUACAUGCAUCUGCCGAUUAAUUUAUUAGAAACUAAAACUACCCUUCAUUGAAAGCUCCAAGCCAUCACUGUCUUCCCUUCUUAGCAAACAAACCAAACCAAAUUCACAUUCUUCAUUUUGACUCAUUUAAGAAUCGUAGUUGGGCUCUUUCCUAGAUACCCACAUCUUCAUGUCUCUCUCCUUUUCAGUUUACCAAAGUUCCUAUCUCUGAAUUCAUAGCAUUGCAGCUGUUUCUUGUAUAAAAGGGAAAUGAGAAGAAGUGAUUGAGCAUUUUCUUGUUUCUUGUUUUUGGAGUCAAAGAUGGAGGCUUUUUCACCUUUUAUUCUUCAUUUCUGGUGUUGGGUUUGUUUAGUGGUUUUUCUGUUGAAGAGUGGAAUAGUAAAAUCAGAUUCCAAGUAUCUGAUUGGGCUCGGAAGUUAUGAUAUUACAGGACCUGCAGCUGAUGUUAAUAUGAUGGGAUAUGCUAAUACUGAUCAGAUUGCUUCAGGAGUUCACUUUAGGUUGCGAGCUCGGACAUUUAUUGUGGCUGAGCCGCAGGGGAACCGAGUAGUAUUUGUGAAUCUUGAUGCUUGUAUGGCUUCACAAAUCGUGACAAUUAAAGUAUUGGAGAGGUUGAAGGCAAGGUAUGGGGAUUUAUAUACUGAAAAGAAUGUUGCUAUCAGUGGUAUUCACACCCAUGCUGGUCCCGGGGGCUAUCUCCAAUAUGUUGUAUAUAUUGUAACAUCUCUUGGAUUUGUGCGCCAGUCUUUUGAUGCUCUUGUAGAUGGCAUUGAGAAGAGCAUAGUACAAGCUCAUAAAAAUCUCCGUCCAGGUUCUAUCUUUGUGAAUAAGGGAGAGCUAUUAGAUGCUGGAGUAAAUCGCAGUCCUAGUGCGUAUCUUAAUAAUCCUGCAGAAGAGCGUAACAAAUACAAAUAUGAUGUCGACAAAGAAAUGACCCUUUUAAAGUUUGUCGAUGAUGAGUGGGGUCCAAUUGGUAGUUUCAAUUGGUUUGCCACUCAUGGAACUUCAAUGAGCCGUACAAACUCUUUAAUAAGUGGGGAUAACAAGGGUGCUGCUGCGCGAUUUAUGGAGGACUGGUUCGAAAAUAAGGGUGCUGGUAUCUCAUAUUUUGAUGAAAGUGUAGCUGAUGAAACCCCUCGGCGAGUCUCAAGUAUAAUUCCAAACAUGCAUGAUAAUCACCAUGAGCUUCUAGAGCUUGCUGCAUCCUUCCAAGCUCCUCCUGGUAGACCAGCUACCAAGAUUCUCAAUGUUGCAAGACGUGUCAGGAGUUCUCUUAGGCAAGCUGACAAACCUGGAUUUGUAUCUGCAUUUUGUCAAAGCAACUGUGGUGAUGUUAGCCCCAAUGUGCUCGGAGCCUUCUGCAUAGACACUGGGCUACCUUGUGAUUUUAAUCACAGUACCUGCGGUGGAAAGAAUGAGUUGUGCUACGGCCGAGGGCCAGGGUACCCUGAUGAGUUUGAAAGUACGCGCAUUAUUGGGGAGAGGCAAUUUAGAAAAGCUGUGGAACUUUUUAACAAGGCAUCUGAGGAAUUAAAUGGGAAGGUUGACUAUCGCCACUCUUACAUAGACUUCUCCCAGCUCGAGGUAACACUUCCUAAAGAAGGGGGAGGUUCUGAGACAGUAAAAACAUGUCCUGCUGCAAUGGGAUUUGCAUUUGCUGCGGGAACAACGGAUGGACCUGGAGCUUUUGAUUUUAAGCAAGGAGAUGAUAAAGGAAAUACCUUCUGGAGGCUGGUUCGCAACUUCUUGAAAACACCAAAUAAGGAACAAAUUGAUUGUCAGCAUCCAAAGCCCAUCCUUCUUGACACUGGUGAAAUGAAGCAACCAUAUGACUGGGCACCUUCAGUGCUUCCAGUCCAGAUUGUCCGAGUGGGGCAGUUAGUCAUUCUUAGUGUACCAGGAGAAUUUACAACAAUGUCGGGGAGGCAUCUUCGAGAUGCUGUGAAAACAGUACUCACAAGUGGGAAUAGAGAAUUUAAUAACAAUGUUCAUGUUGUUAUAGCAGGAUUGACUAAUACUUAUUCACAAUAUGUGACCACCUUUGAAGAGUAUGAAGUGCAGAGAUAUGAAGGUGCCUCCACUCUAUUUGGUCCGCACACACUUAGUGCAUACAUUCAGGAGUUCAAGAAGUUGGCAAAUGCUCUUGUCAGUGGGCAAUCUGUGGAGCCUGGUCCACAGCCACCCGAUCUCCUUGGUAAGCAAAUAAGCUUACUUACACCAGUCGUCAUGGAUGCAACCCCUGCUGGUGUAAAUUUUGGAGAUUGCAGCUCUGAUGUUCCCAAGAACUCAACCUUCAAGAGAGGUGACACAGUGACGGUUGUUUUCUGGUCAGCAUGCCCCCGGAACGACCUCAUGACUGAAGGUACAUUUGCCCUUGUGGAGAUCCUUGAGGGAUCGGAUACUUGGCUUCCGGCUUACGAUGAUGAUGAUUUCUGCCUCCGGUUUAAGUGGUCAAGACCUUCGAGACUAAGCACGCGUAGUCAGGCAACCAUGGAAUGGAGGAUUCCUCAGUCAGCCAAACCUGGUGUCUAUAGAAUAAGACAUUUUGGUGCUGCAAAGAGCCUUAUGGGUUCAAUUCGCCAUUUUACCGGUUCAUCUAGUGCUUUUGUUGUGGUAUAAUAGAAGUUAUCAUAUCGAUGUACACUCGUGUUCUAUCUUUGUAUUUUAUUUUGAAUUGUAGAUGAUAUUAUUGGGAUACUCUUGUAUUUUGUACUAAUUGACAAAAAAUGGCAUGAGGUUUAUUUUUUGACAAA